AUGACCAAGGUUCUCCUUACAGGCGGCAGUGGCUUCAUCGCCUCUCACAUUCUCAAAGCCCUGCUCCUCCGCGGAUACGACGUCGUCACCACUGUCCGCAACGAGGAAAAAGCGAACAAGCUGCGCGUCGCCAAGGGGGACGUUGGGCCCGACCGUCUUCGGGUUGAACUGAUCCCCGAUAUCGCCGCGCCCGGAGCUUUUGACGAAGUCCUGCAAAUCCCCGGCAUCGAGGCUGUCAUCCAUGCGGCAUCACCGUUCCACUUCAACUUCAAUGAUGCCCAGAAGGAGGUUAUUGAGCCUGCUCUGGGAGGAACGCUCUCGCUCCUCGAAGCUGCCAAGAAGUACGGAAAGGACGUCAAGCGUGUUGUCAUCACUUCAUCAUUCGCCGCCAUCCUGGACAACGCCCGCAUGGAUGACCCGAACACGAUCUACACCGAAGAGAGCUGGAAUCCGGCGACGAUUGACCACAUCACUCGCUCCAAAGACAUCGCCUACCGCGUCAGCAAGAAGCUUGCCGAGAAGGCUGCCUGGGACUUCGUUGCGUCCGAGAAGCCCCACUACACCCUCAGCACUAUUGACCCGCCGCUUGUGUUCGGCCCGCUCGCCCACUCCCUUGGGUCUCUGGGCGAGAUCAACACGUCCAACUCUGCUGUCGCGGACCUUCUCUCCGGCAAAUGGCGUGAGGCCAUCCCGGACUCGCUCGUAUUCGUUUGGGCAGACGUUCGUGACGUUGCUCUCGCGCACGUUACAGCCGUGGAGAAGGAAGAGGCAGCCAGCCAACGGUUCCUGACAAUUGGCGGUUGGUUCUGCAACCGCGACAUCGUCGACAUUGUUCGGAGGAACUUCCCUGAGUACGCGGAUAGACUCCCGGGCCCUGACGUCAAGGGAGGCGUGCUUCCCAGCAAGGAUGAGGUACACGGUUACGACAAUAACAAGACCACUCGUAUAUUGGGUAUAGAGUGGAGGUCGCUUGAGACGAGCAUUGUUGACUUGGUGAAGUCCCUGGCCCAGUAUGACAUUAAGGCAAUCUCUUGA